AUGCCUCCCGUGAUCGAAGACUUCGAGGAACUGAUCCGUGUCAUCAGACAAGCCCCCGACGUGUGGGUGGGGGCCCACCCGUUGCGGUUGCCGAUGAAGAUGGCCCGCGGCGUCUACGGCGGCAACACCAUCGCCCAGACGUUGUUGGUCGCCAUCGAGCUGACCCGGAGCGACGACGGCGCUACUUACAUCCCGGAGCUGUUCCACAUGUAUUUCGUCAAGGCGGGCAACUGGAAAAUCCCGAUGACCUACCGGGUGACGUUUGCCAGCGACGACGACGGCUUGGCCCGCCGUUACAUCGAGGUCGUGCAGCAGGACAACAUCAUCAGCACCUGCUUGUGCUCAUUGAGACGGCCUCGUGCUAAAGGCCAGCCCCGCAACCCUCAACACGAGAUCCAGCGGCAGAUGACGACGGUGUCGAAGAAGUACGACCCGCGGCAAUUGUCAAAGACUUAUCACACGGGGUUUGUCCGCAACGCCUACUCCAAGGAGUUCACCGACUACACCGCCUGUCCCGAAGAGAAGUCGUUAGCGCCUUCCGACCGCUGGCUUACGGUGUGGCUGGGUCUACACAACGUCAUCGACCCCAAGUACGCGGGGCGCGAGGAAGAAUUGAAGGUGAGAGUGCGGCUGGAGGAAGACGAGUCUUCAGUAUUUGAGGCAGGUCCCGCUGAAGUCAUCCCCCCGCAGUACCAGAAGCUGUUUAAGGAACCGGUGUACAACUUGAUUGGUCUCGCCAACAUCUCGGAUCUGGCGUUCCUCACCACACAAGCCCGGGUCAACCAUAUCCCUUGGAACCCCACUCAAGACCACCCCGUCGACGCCUUAGAUGAAGGUAAGGAUGCCGGGUUGUUGAUCACUCACUCGCUCAACAUCCUUCAGAUCUGGCACUACCAAGCGAUGUCGCUUGACCACCAUAUAUAUUUCCAUGUCGAUCUGAUGGAAGAUGACGACCAGGGGUUCGACAUCGUCAAGGAUUGGUUGUGCUUCAACUACAGCACCAAACGCGUCAACAAUCUGAGAACGUUGGUGCGGGGCUUCAUGUACAACCAAAAGGGCUACUGUGUGGCCACCGUCAUCCAGGAAGGGUUGACCUUUUUCAAUAAGAACGCCAUGGACGAGCGAGUAAAACUCUAG